CCCCCCGUUCAGCCUUCCGCUUUCUGGACGUCAUCUUCAUGCUCCUUUGCUUUAGUCACUCUGGAAUUGAUUAAUCACUCGGCUCCUCUUGAUCUACUCUCGCCAUCAUGGCUGACAUGCCCAUUGUGCUCGACGGAGGAACCGGUUUCCUCAAGGUCGGAUAUGCUGCGCAGAACUUCCCCGAGCACCAGUUCCCCUCGAUAGUGGGGCGGCCCAUAUUGCGAACGGAGGAGCAGGCUGGCGACAUUGUCGUCAAGGAUAUCAUGUGCGGAGAUGAAGCUGCUGCCGCCAGAUCCAUGCUUCAGAUCACCUACCCCAUGGAGAACGGUAUAGUCAAGAGAUGGGACGACAUGCAACACCUAUGGAACUACACUUUUUACGAGAAGAUGAAGAUCGAUCCGACCGGCCGCAAGAUCCUCCUGACCGAACCCCCCAUGAACCCCCUGAAGAACCGGGAGCAGAUGGCCGAAGUGAUGCUGGAAGGCUACAACUUUGGUGGUGUAUACGUCGCUAUUCAAGCUGUGCUUGCACUAUACGCCCAGGGUCUCAGCAGUGGUGUGGUCGUUGACUCCGGUGACGGUGUCACCCACGUCAUCCCCGUCUACGAAUCCACAGUCCUCAACCACCACAUCCGCCGACUCGAUGUCGCCGGUCGCGAUGUCACUCGGAACCUCAUCGCUCUCCUGCUCCGUCGCGGUUAUGCCUUGAACCGUACCGCCGAUUUCGAGACCGUGCGCCAGAUUAAGGAGAAGCUCUGCUACGUGUCCUACGAUCUCGAGCUGGACAAGAAGCUCUCGGAGGACACCACAGUUCUGGUCGAGUCCUACACUCUCCCUGACGGUCGCGUCAUCCGUGUGGGAAGCGAGCGCUUCGAGGCCCCCGAGUGUCUCUUCCAGCCGCACUUGGUCGACGUCGACCAGCCCGGUAUCGCUGAGUUGCUCUUCAACACGAUCCAGGGUGCCGAUGUCGACGUCCGCUCUAGUCUGUACAAGGCCAUUGUGCUCAGUGGAGGAAGCAGCAUGUACCCCGGUCUGCCUUCGCGGUUGGAGAAGGAGCUCAAGCAGCUGUGGCUCACCCGCGUGCUGCAAGGAAACCCGGAGAGACUGAACAAAUUCAAGGUGCGCAUCGAAGACCCGCCGCGACGGAGACACAUGGUCUUCCUGGGAGGUGCCGUCCUCGCCAACCUGAUCGCCGACAAGGAGGACAUGUGGGUAUCCAAGCAAGAGUGGCAGGAGCAGGGAGCACGUGCCCUGGCCAAACUCGGCCCUAGAUAGUAACCUUACCUACCCUAUAUUCGAUUCGUGUAUACCACUCGACCUUCCAUGCCACACCCAUCAGCCACCUCCUAUGUGAACUCAUUGCCAUUUGCGAAUUGCGAAUUGCGAAUUGGAAGCUCAUCAUCCCUGUCCGCAUCCCCCCC